AUGAAGGAUCUCAGCGACAACGUCAGCCUUCUACGACAGCCAAGCGUCUGUCAAUCGAUGUUGAACCGAGGAUUCACAACUGUACGAGACUGUGGAGGGGCAGGGCUGGCAUUAAAGGAAUCGAUCCAGGAAGGCGUGAUUCCUGGACCGCGGUUGUUCAUUGCCGGACACGCUCUUUCACAAACUGGUGGUCAUGGGGAUCGUCGCCAACCACAUGAUCGCAACAAGUGCUGUGCAGGACAUGUCAACGGCAUUGGACGUAUAGUGGACGGUGUGGAACAGUGCCUGAAGUAUGCUCGCGAGGAGAUCCGACAAGGGUCAGACUUUAUCAAAAUCAUGGGAGGAGGCGGUGUCGCCAGUCCAUCGGACCAGAUUCAUCAUGUCCAAUUUUCCGACGAAGAGAUCAAGGCCAUUGUCACCGUAGCUAACAACGCGGGAACAUAUGUCACUUCUCACGUGUACACCCCGCAGGCCAUACAACAAGCCAUCAGUCAGGGAGUGAAGGCGAUCGAACAUGGAAAUCUCCUCGAUGAAGCCACGGCGAAACUGAUGAAGGAGAACGGCGUCAUCCUUACUCCGACUCUAGUCACUUACGCUACAAUGGACUCACCCGAGUUCCGCUCCUUCCUUCCUCCGGCUUCCGCCCAGAAGAAUCGGGAAGUGCUGCACAAGGGGUUACAGGCUCUCGAGCUUGCUAGCAAAGCUGGUGUUGAUAUAUGCUUUGGGACAGAUCUCCUAGGCCCGUUGCACUUUGCACAGAGUAAGGAAUUCGCCAUCCGUAGCAGUGUACAGACACCUUUGGAAAUUCUCCAGAGUGCCACUAUCACUCCUGCUCGCCUGCUGAAGCAAGACGGAUUUCUCGGCCAAAUUGUGCCUGGGUUUGCCGUCGACUUGGUGAUUCUGAACGCAAAUCCCUUGGAGGAUAUAACUGUGCUUGAUAGGUUUAACGAUCAUAUACUAGCGACCAUCAAGGACGGACGCGUGCUAGCAUCACGGUGGAGUCAACUAGAUGUUGAAGCAAUUCCGCUACCAAAGAUAGAAUGA